AUGCCUACCCCUGCUGAAAUUAUCGCUGCUCGUAUAAACAACAACCAUUCGGAAGAUGUCGAGCAAGAAGAAUCCGAAACUAUUGUGGAACAAGAACCAAAGUCUAGAAGCUCUACACCAUCAAUUAACGAUGCUUCGGCUUUCCCUGCAUUAGGAUCGAAAUCGGGUUCAAGUGUCCAACAUUCAGGUACUUCUUCAUGGGGUCCUAAAAUGAAGGCACCUGCAGCAGCAACUAUUGCCUCCAAUGUCCCAAAAGCUUCCAAGAAUGGCAACGGUUUUGCCGUAAAGUCAAAAAUCUCCACCAUCCAAGAAGCUUUUUCAUUGGACGUUGAAGAUCAAUUGAACGUUGCUCGUCCCGAAUUUAUCAAAAUUUUAACCUAUGUUAUGCAAGAGACAAAAACAAACGUUGAAUGUACCACUUCGCAACACACAAAAAAGAGAACUUUCUUGAUCAGUGGUAAACCAGAUGAUGUUAAACUUGCCAAGCGCUUAGUUGUGAAAAAGUUAACCAAACCAGUUCAAAUUAAGUUCAACGUUCCUGCCAAGUUGAGAUCCAGAAUCAUUGGUCAAGGUGGAAGGACUUUGAAACCAAUCAUUCAAGCCAACGACGUCAAGAUUGAAAUUGGAGAUAAAGAGGAGUCUCAUGAUUCAAGUGACGCUAGUGAAGAUGAAGAUGAUUUGUUUGCAACAACUGUAGUGAUCACCGUUGAUGGUGAUGUUGAAGGUGCCAAAGCUGCUAAAAGUGAAAUUUUGGCCAUUGUCAAAGAAGAAACGAAGAACUUGACUGUCAAAGCUUCUUUGAAUGAAAAUGUCAAACCUUUUGUCGAGAAAGAAUUACAGGAACUUAUUGAACACUAUGAUCAAUUGGACUUUUCAAUACCCACUUUCAAAUCGUCUUCCAACUCCAUUGCCAUUCAUGGUGAGCGUGAUUUGGUAUUGGAGGCCAGAGCAGACGUGAAGGCUGCUUUGGAGAAAUUGUCCCAAAAGAUUGUUUCUGAGGAAGUGCCGAUUCCAAAAACCAAGUAUCAAUUUUUGCCAAUUGAAGAGGUUUUAUCCAAGUGUAAUGUUUUGAUUCAAUUACCAAAAGAUGGUGAAACAAAUGUGAAAUUCAUCGGUGAGAAAAAGAACAUCAAAUCAGCUCAAGAAGAGGCAAGAAAAGUUACCUCACAGUACAAGGUUGAAGUGUUGGACAUGUCAAAGGCACACAAAGGAAACUUGAGACACGUUAGUGCUGUUGCUGCAUACUUAAACAAAGUUGGCGCAUUCAAAGUCAUUGCCGAUGCUAACGAUGUUGUAAUCAACACUCCUACCGUUAAAGAAUUGAAUGAUGAAUCUGUUACCUCCAUUCCAAUUCAAAUUAUCUCUAAAGGGGAAGAUGAACAUAUCAAGGCAGCAAAGAAAUCCAUCGUCAGUCAAGUGAACAAGAUCACUCCUGACCAAACCAAGGUUAUUGACGAUAUUGAAUCAUUCUUGUUGAACAAAGUUGAUGGAGUCAUUGGAGACGUUGCCAAGAAGGAGAAUGUUGAAUAUAUUAUCUUGCACAACGCCAUUACCUUGUUUAAAUCGCAUGAGCAACAAGAUGAAGCAGAGGACUUUGAUGACUUUGAGGGCACUAGUGAUGACUCAUUUGAAAAGGUCAACUCUGCUUUGGAUAAAUUGAGAGAAUUGGCGGCUAAUUUGUCAAGUACCAUUUUGGAGGUUGUUUCAAAGGAUCAAGAUGCUAUUGUUUCUGGUCCGAAGGGUGUAACAUUGAAAUCCAUCUUGUCCAGUGUUGAACCCGACUCUGUAUCUGUUAAAUUGCAUAGCAAUGGAAUCUCAUUUUCAGAGGAUGGGAUUUAUAUCCACGGUAUCAAAUCAUCAGUUGCGGCUAUCAAGAAGGAGAUCGAAUCAGUAUUGGCUGAUGCAAAAGAGCACCCCGAUGGUUUCACUAGUGAAGUUCGUGUACCUUCACAAAUUGUGUCUAGAUUGGUUGGCAAGAAUGGAUCAUUCUUGAAUUCACUUCGCGAUGAAUUUGGUGUCAAGAUUGAUGUUCCGGAACAAGAUUCAAAGAAGGACGACUCUGAGAAAUCGGACAUUACAAUCAAGGGUGUCAAGAAGAACGUGGAAGCAGCCAAGGCUAAAAUUGCCGCAUUGGCUAAGAAAUGGGCUGAUGAAACCUUGGUUAGAGUCAGAAUUGAAAACCAAUAUCACCGUAGAAUGAUUGGUGCUCAAGGUGUGUUUAUCAACCGUUUGCAAGACAAGUACAAUGUCAAGAUUAGAUUCCCUGCUGCUGAUGCAACAUCUCCGUCACCUUUUGCUGAUGGACCCAAGUCAAAGGAUGAAGUUACAAUCAAAGGUCCUUCCAAGGGCGUCGCGAAGGCGGAAGAGGAGUUGCAAGAAUUGUACCAGUUUGAAAAGGAAAAUGGGUUCAAAAAGCAAUUGCAAAUCCCAUCAAAAGCAGUUUCCAGAGUCAUUGGUAAGAGUGGUGAAACCAUCAAUGACAUUGCUGAUGGUACCGGGGUUGAGUUUAGCUUCAAGCGUGAUAAUGAAGAAUCAACUGGAUUUGUUGACCUAGAGUUGACAGGUUCAAAGACUGCUUUGAAAGACGCAACAGCCAAGAUUCAGGAAAUCAUUGAUGAAGUUGAAAACUUUGUUGUGCGUACAAUCAAUGUUGACGCCAAGUAUCAUCGUGAUUUAGUUGGCCCUUCUGGAUCAGUUAUGAAGCAGAUUAUCAGUUCUGCCGGUGGUGAUGAUUUACCAAGAGGAAAGUAUCAUCGUUUGUUAACUAUACCUAAUGAAGGUUCUGGCUCCGAUGAAGUUGUUUCUCAAGGUGACAAGACAAUCGUUGACAAGAUCAUCAGCGCAAUUGAGAAAAUCGUCAAGGAAAAGGAAGCAUCGAUUGUUGAAGAAAUUGACUUGCCUAAAGAGAAACACAGACUUAUUAUUGGACCAAGUGGAACCAUUCGUCAUUCUUUACAAUCUGAAUUUGGUGUCACAAUUGAAAUUCCAAGACCAAGUGAUGACAGCACAACUGUUAAAGUAAGCGGUUUACCAGAAAAAGUAGCAGCAGCUAAGGACAAGAUCGAAAAAUUGACAAAGGAUGAUUGGAAACUUUCUAUUGACAUUCUGGGAAAAUAUCACCCAUUAGUAUCUGAACAUGGUGCUAUCUUCAAAAAAUUGAAGAGUGACUACAAAGUUGAAGUAACCCAUGGAAACUUCACCAGACAGGCUAGUAAAUUAUCUUCAACAUCAAUCCCUGCUCCUCCAGAGUUAGCAUAUCCAGAAAAUGAUGAAGAGUUUAAAUUUACUAUUGAAAAAUUUGAAGCAGACAAUGGCAAUGAAAUUGUUAUUCCAUGGAGAUUGAAAGGAGAGGAGAAAGAUGUCGAAAAAGCUGCUGAAUUUAUCAACAAGAAGUUAGAGUUGGCUAAAUCAGCAACUUCUCAAGGUUGGUUGUAUGCAUCCAAACCUUCUGUGUUUUCCAAGAUUAUUGGACCUCAAGGCUCAAAGAUCAAUCAAUUGCGUUCUAAAACAAAUACAUUUAUUACAAUUCCAAGGGCCAAUGACAAGUAUUCCAAGUUUGUUUACCUUGUUGGAGAUGAGGAGAACUUGAACAAGGCGCAUGAAGAAAUUAAAAAGUUAUUGUAA